CAGAGUUUCCGGUCGGAGGCCUUUGCCCAGCGCCCCGCGUCCCUGAGGGGCGGCGGCGCUGGCGGCGGCGGAGGCAGCAGGGGGAUCCGGAAGUCAACACCAUGUCGAGUCUGCACAAGAGCCGGAUUGCAGAUUUCCAGGAUGUCCUGAAGGAGUCCACGAUUGCCUUGGAAAAGCUUCAGGAACUCAGUUUUAGUGGCAUCCCCUGUGAGGGCGGACUGCGGUGCCUCUGCUGGAAGAUUCUCUUGAACUACCUCCCGUUGGAGAGAGCGUCAUGGACCUCCAUCCUGGCCAAGCAGAGGGAGCUGUAUUCUCAGUUCCUGAGGGAAAUGAUCAUCCAGCCUGGCAUCGCCAAGGCCAACAUGGGUGUAUCCAGGGAGGAUGUGACCUUUGAGGACCAUCCACUCAACCCUAACCCCGACAGCCGAUGGAACACGUACUUCAAGGACAACGAGGUGCUGCUGCAGAUCGACAAAGAUGUCCGAAGGCUGUGCCCAGACAUAUCCUUCUUCCAGAGCGCCACCGAGUACCCCUGCCUCCUCAUCCUGGAUCCGCAGAAUGAGUUCGAGACCCUUCGUAAGCGGGUGGAACAGACGACACUGAAAUCCCAGACGGUGGCCCGGAACCGGAGCGGGGUCACAAAUAUGAGUUCCCCGCACAAGAACGCGGCGCCCUCCUCCCUGAACGAGUAUCAGGUGCUGCCCAACGGCUGUGAGGCCCACUGGGAGGUGGUGGAGCGGAUUCUGUUCAUCUACGCCAAGCUCAACCCUGGCAUCGCUUACGUGCAGGGCAUGAACGAGAUCGUGGGGCCCCUGUACUACACCUUUGCCACCGACCCCAACAGCGAGUGGAAGGAGCACGCUGAGGCGGACACCUUUUUCUGCUUCACCAACCUCAUGGCUGAAAUCCGGGACAACUUCAUCAAGAGCCUUGAUGACUCACAGUGUGGCAUCACCUACAAGAUGGAAAAGGUGUACUCCACCCUGAAGGAUAAGGACAUGGAACUCUACCUGAAACUGCAAGAGCAGAAUAUCAAGCCCCAGUUCUUCGCCUUCCGCUGGCUGACGCUGCUGCUGUCCCAGGAGUUCUUGCUGCCCGAUGUCAUCCGGAUCUGGGACUCCCUGUUUGCUGACAACAGCCGCUUUGAUUUCCUCCUUCUGGUCUGCUGCGCCAUGCUCAUACUGAUCCGGGAGCAGUUGCUGCAAGGGGACUUUACCAUAAACAUGCGGCUCCUGCAGGAUUACCCCAUCACAGACGUCUGCCAGAUCCUACAGAAAGCCAAGGAACUCCAAGACUCACAGUAGCCUGGUGGCAAGAGGCCCAGGUUUGGGAGAGAAGCCACCGCCAACGCCUGUGCCCUGGCUUCUGGGACAUGCAGGAGCCUGUGGGGUCCCAGCCAGAGGGGCCGCU